CCCUUUAAGCGUUGCCAGGGCGACAGUGUGUGUUGUGUUCCGUGGCUUCCGCCUGCUUAGCGCAUGCGCACGGAAGAGUCGUCCGUCCGAGGCGUUUAGCGAGUCAAACAUUUCGUGACUGUCAUUCAUGAUGGCGCAUUACAGAGCUCCCGAGUCGAAGCGAGAGCAGUUCAGGAGAUAUUUGGAGAAGGCCGGAGUCCUCGACAGUCUCACCAAUGUCUUGGUGGCUCUGUACGAGGAAACAGAGAAACCCAACAAUGCCUUGGACUUUAUCAAGCAUCAAUUGGGAGUCGCUGGACCGGAGGAAGAUGAUUCUGAAAGUCUGCGCCUGGAACUGAACAAUUUACAGAAGAAAUAUGAACAGCUCGUGGCAGAAAACAAGGAGCUGAGAAACAGGCUGCUGCAGUACGAGCCGGCGCAGGAAGAAGGAACAGAAUAAAACCUCUUGUUGCCAUUUUGAGAUAUAUUUCUUUACUUUAGCAGAAAAUAUUAUUUGUUCCUUAGUGUUUGUUUUUUGUAAUACGAUGUCUAAGAAGUUACACUUUAUGUUCAGCAAAUUUGUGCCUGAUAUUUAAUAAAAGCAUUUUUUGCUCUGUACUUGAUUUGUGGAUAUUGCUGUAAUAUUAGUCAAGAUUUAUAAAACUACAACAUACAAUUUAUGUUUAACUUACAACAUUACAGUUAUACACUUAAAGAACAUGUAAACUUUGGGGCUUUUUUUAUUAAAAACAAUACAUCAGAACAUU